AUGCCAACAGCUGUGCGCCGCGUCGCCGGCCUGUGUGGCGAUCGGCUAUGCCGCAUGCAGAAGUGCGAGCUCCACAACGCGCCUAUCUACUCCAUCAUGCCGAUCGGGUCCACGUCGUGCCGCAUCAAGCCGGGCCUGACGCCGGCCGGCACGUCGGCGGCGGGGGUAGCGCGGCACAUGCGCCGCGUCGACCUGCGCUACCACAACCUGCUCUCCUCCGCUUUCGACGGCGUCGACAUGCGCGGUGCCAACUUGGACGGCGCCGACUUGCGCGGCAGCACCAUGUACGACACCAACUUGGCCGGGGCGAGCCUGCGCGGCGCGCGGCUGGCGAAGGUCCAGUUGGCGCGCGCGAACCUGCAAGGCGCCAGACGGCCUCUCGGGCGCUGUGAGGGCGGCAGCGAGCGCGACAACGGCGCUGACUUCACCGGCGCGGAGCUUCUCGAGGCUGACUUCACAGCGGCCGUCUUCACCGAUGUUCACUCGCGCGGCUUGAAGUCGGAGAGAGCGGUCGCGACAAUGGCCGACUUCAGCCGCGCGCGGAUGGCCCGUGUCACCAUCAAGCACAUUUCUGAAGGGGCGCGGGCCAUCUUCGACGGCGCCGACUUGCGCGACGCGCAGGUCACCGACAACGAGCUGCCCAACACCUCGUGGGUCGGCACCGAGUUGCACGCAGUGGCGAUGGAGGACACCGGGCUGCAGGGCGCGCGCAUCGAGCGGGCCGACCUCUCCGGCGCGCGCUUCGUCGACGUGCGCAUGCAGGGGGCGCUGCUCCUGAACGGCCCCGCCAACCUCACUCGCAUCACCAUCUCCAACUCGUCCUUCCAAGACGCCUUUCUGCCCGGAGCUCUGCUCGUGGAAGCUAACGCUCGCGGCGUGGACUUCUCGGGCGCUAUCCUUCCGAACGCCGACUUCCGACACGCCCAUGUCGAUGGGAGCUCGUUCCGCGGUGCCAGGAUCACGGACGCGGUCUUCUCUUGGUCACACCUCAACGCCACCGACUUUACCGAUGCCGUGGGGGUGGGCAAGGCUUUGUGGACCGGCUUUCGAGGCACACCGAAAAACGACGCCGCCGUCUAA